ACCAGCUCUGGCUGGUGGCGGGAAGUGCGGAGCUGGAGCUCAUUUGGCGCGAGAAGCCCCCGCCAUGGCCAGCAGCAGCCCGCAGAGCCAGCCCACCAUCAACUUCCCCCGCACGAGGAGCGCCCGCCGCCUCGCUGCUCCCUCGGCCAAGAGCGACCCCGAUGCCCCUGCUCUGCGCCCCUCGCCGCGUCCCAAGACCUUAGGCCCCGCCGAGCCCGGCCAGGCCACCCCGGACACACGCUCAGGCCGGAGCACAGUGCAGCCCCUAAGCCCCAGAGUGCAGCCCCUGAGCCCCCGCAAACGCCUGGGUGAUGACAACCUGUGUAAUGUCCCCCAUGCCCUGCCUGGCUCCCCGGCCAAGCGCAGCAAGGAGAACCGGGGCCGUCGCCUGCUCUUUGGGGACCCCUCGGCCUCCCCCGAGCAGUCCAAGAGUCCGGGGCCAUCCCCGCAGAGCAGGGGGCCAGAGACCCCUCAGAGCUCGGGGCACAACAGGCAGCACCCACGCACCCGGCUCUUCAGGCAGGAAGGUACCUGUUACCAGCAGGUCAAGCAGGUGCUGCAUGCGGCCGUGCCCGACCGGCUGCAGGGCAGGGAGCGGGAGACGGGGAUCCUGCGGCAGUUCCUGCGGGAGCACGUCCUGGGGCGCCGCCCCGGCAGCCUCUACGUGUCCGGAGCCCCCGGGACCGGGAAAACAGCCUGUCUGAGCCGUGUUCUGCUCGACUGCAAGGACGAGCUGGCCGGGAGCAAGACUGUGGUGCUGAACUGCAUGGCACUGGGCAGCCCCCAGAGCGUCUUCCCUGCCCUGGCACAGCACCUGUUGCUGCCCGUGGCCACUGGCCGGGAGUGUAUCCGGAGCCUGGAGAAGCAUCUGACGGCUCAGGGGCCCAUGGUCCUCCUGGUGCUGGAUGAGCUGGACCAGCUGGAGAGCAAAGGCCAGGAUGUGCUCUACACCCUCUUUGAGUGGCCCCAGCUGCCCAGCUCCAGGCUCAUCCUCGUGGGGUUGGCCAAUGCCCUGGACCUGACAGACCGCAGCCUGGCCAGGCUGGGAGCCCACCCAGCUGGCAGCCCGCAGCUGCUGCACUUCCCACCCUACACCAAAGACCAGCUCACCCGCAUCCUGCAGGAGCGCCUGGGGCAGGUGGCAGGUGACCCCGUCCUGGACUCUGCUGCACUCCAGUUCUGUGCCCGCAAGGUCUCUGCAGUCUCCGGUGAUGCUCGCAAGGCCCUGGAUGUCUGUAGGCGCGCCGUGGAGGUUGUGGAGCUGGAGGUGCGAGGCCAGACCCUGCUCAAGCCACUGCCUGGGGGUGACUCCCCAGUGUCCUCUGUCCCCAAGCACGUGGGGCUGCUGCACAUCUCCCGGGUGCUCUCGGAGGUGUUUGGGGACCGGCUGGCAGGGGGGUCCCAGGGGGCCCAGGACACCUUCCCGCUGCAGCAGAAGGUGCUGCUCUGCUCCCUGCUGCUGCUCACCCGGCGGUCACACACCCAUGAGGUGACCCUGGGCAAGCUCCACGACACCUACAGCCAGGUGUGCCGGCGGCAGCAGCUCCCCGCCGUUGACCAGGCUGAGUGUUUGUCCCUUGUCAGCCUCCUGGAGUCUCGUGGUGUCCUCGAGCUCAAGAGGGCCAAGGAGGCCCGGCUGGCCAAGGUUUCGCUGACGCUGGAGGAGGCAGCUCUGGAGCACAGGCUGCAGGACACGGCGCUGGUGGGCAGCAUCCUGGCCCAGGGGCUGCGCUAACCCCGCUGCACCCUCCCCAUGGCCCCAGGGGGGAUUUCACUGCUGUAGCAAGAGCAGACGAGUGGCUCCCAAGGUCUGGGACAUUUGUCAAGUUCUGCCCUG